AUGGCUGCGGCACCUCCUUAUGCACUAUAUGUCUGUCCGUGCUCCAGCCUAAGCUCUACCACCCUAGCAGUCCAUGCCAAACGCGCCUCUGCAGCGCCCGCGGAUGCUCAAGCGGAUGAAGACAGCACCUUCAAUUCCCAUGACCCUCGUGCGAACUACGCCCUGUAUCCGCUUGAUCACUUGCUCUUCUGUAACGAGUGCGACUGCAUACGCUGUCCACGAUGCUACACCGAAGAGAUCCUCAACUGGUACUGUCCGUCAUGCAUGUUUGAGGUGCCGAGUAGUCAGGUGAAGAAUGAUGGCAACAGGUGUGCCAGGAACUGCUACGAUUGCCCAAUAUGCACGUCCGCACUCACUGUAGCUGCAUUGCCUCGGCCGUCAGAAACCCACCUGAACCCGAACGAGACGGAGCAAGGUAGGUACAUAUUGCAAUGUGGCUACUGCGAGUGGUCUUCGCUAGACCAGACCAUCGAAUUCAGCAAGCCGACAAAGAUCACGGAGCAGUUAGCCAAGAAACGGAAGGAGCAACGACGGAGGAAGCCAGAGGACAAAGCGGUGUCGACGGCACACGGCGCCGACCAGGUUGAUGGGUACGAGAAUCUUAUGGCUUUUUACAAGGAACAGCUCGCUGAGUCUGGAGACGCGUCGAACACUUACUCCAGCAGCCCGUACAGUUCGCCGGCAAACUUGGCCAAGAUCAUGAGCUUGUACGGCGGCUUGUCGGUGAACGCACUGAAGAAAGCGCGCGAAAAGCCGCAGCCUAUGCGCGAAGCUCGGACCGACAAGGAGGGCCUGCAAGUGCAUAGCCUUGACAGUUCGGCAGUAGACGAGGAGACGGUGCGCAGACUACAAGCCGUGGACUGGCAGGACACACCGACUCAUGAGCAACGCUUCUCUGGCCCAUUGAAUCACCAAGCCAUCCAGACAAAUGAACUCUGGCCUGUGGCCACGCCGCUACGUAUACGGAAGGGCAAACGUUGCUCUGUCUGCCGGCAGUUCCUCUCGCGACCUGAACCCAAAAUCCCGAACCUGCGCUACAAGAUCCGUCUAUUAGCAUCCAACUACGUUCCACGCCUCCUUCUUCGUCCACUCAAUGCUUCGUCUACGACACCAAACCCGGCUUUUCGGCUACGGCCGAACGAAGCCGAGAUGUCGCCGCUCCAGCCUAAUAUCAUGCAGCAAUACUUGUUGACAGUACGCAACCCUAUCUUCGAGACCGUUAAGAUCACACUCGCGACUUCCAGUAGCACCCCAGGAAAGGUUUCGUCACGUGUCACCAUCCUCUGUCCGUCUUUCACCGUGGGGCCUGCCGGCGACGUCUGGGAUGAAGCACUUUCUUCAAGCACAACCUCCGUGGCUACUGAUGAUGGCGGCCGACAAGCGGCAAUGGCGUCACUGACUGGCAAGUCAACUGACGAAGCGGACCGACAACCAGAAGCAGGCAAGAUUUGGACCCGCUCACGCAACAGCACUUCCAUAAUCCUCGAGGUUGUGCCGGGCGCGCUGAAACCGCCACCAUCAAUCGUGCCGAAAAGUGACGACGAAAUGUUGGCCGAAGAGCUGACCGAGGACAAAGACGUGCUUGAGAUACCAAUCUUUGUGCGAGCUCAGUGGGAUGCUGUAGAGGACACUGAUGCGUCUGCAUCCGCCGGGCGGAAACACGAGAGGCGAGCCGCAGAAGGCGAGAAAGUGCGAAAGGAGCUCGCUUAUUGGUGCGUCAUCGGUGUCGGCCACAUCGCAGAUGGCUAA